AUGAAUUUCCUUACGUUCCUUUCUGUAGCUACCUUAGCAGUAGCCUUUCCACAUCAGACAUCAAACAACAACGGAUUUCCCCAACUAGACGGUCAGGACGUCAGCGAAGUUCGCGACUUCCGCAAUCCCAAUGAGUCCUUCACUGGACAAGAAGGCCGUGAUGGAUUUCGAACUCAAAGUGGUAGUUCCCAAGGAGGACCACUUCUGCCAGGAAUUAAGCAUGACAGCGAACUUCGCACUUUUUCACAAGGAUCAAGCAAUGGAGGUUGGAGACAAGUUGGGCAGGAUCAACAAAAUGGAGGAAUUGGUUCACUGUCUGAAGGAGGACAGCGUCCUAUGAAUAAUGGUAGACAAAAAGGUGAACAGAGGCAGCAGAAUGGCAGAUUUCCUCCAAUAGGACAAGGUGCAGUUAGCGAUGGAUUUUUGGGACAAUACUCACAGAAUGGACAACGUUCUCCGUCGUUUGGACAAGGGACACAAAUUAGUGGAUUGCCACAGAAACAGAGAGGUCAAAACCAAGGAUUCCCUCAGUUUCCUUUUGGUGGUCAAGUAUUACAAAAUGGACAACGACCUACCGUUAACAAGUAG